AAAGCCCGAGCGCCGCGCGAGGCAUCCUAGCAGAGCUGGAGAGGCGACGAGCGGGAGGGGAGGGCGUCGGACUCGAGCUGGCACACGGGGACCGCGGCUGUCACUGCGCUCCGAGCAUCCCGGUGGUUUCUCGAGUAGACGAGCCCGGCCCUGCGGCAGCUGCGGGUGCAACCCUUAGCUCCCUGCCCUCUUGCCGUGCUCGUGAAGCCUUACGCCCCGGGCGAGCGUUAGUGAUUUAGCACAAAGCACGUUUCCAAAAAGCAGCGCACGGGAGAGCUCCCGCGCACGCACCCCUCUUCCCCUUUGUUUCGGGGGUCGACAGGCUGCUCUCCUCCCCAAGUCUGAAUUCUUCGCGGGGGGCGGAGGGCCGCCGAGUCUAGGCUGUGAAAGAUGCCCUUGGAGCUGACCCAGAGCCGAGUGCAGAAGAUCUGGAUCCCCGUCGACCACCGCCCCUCGCUGCCCAGAUCCUGUGGGCCGAAGCUGACCAACUCCCCCACCGUGAUCGUCAUGGUGGGCCUCCCAGCCCGGGGUAAGACUUAUAUCUCCAAGAAGCUGACUCGCUACCUCAACUGGAUCGGCGUUCCCACGAAAGUGUUCAACGUCGGGGAGUACCGCCGGGAGGCCGUGAAGCAGUACAGCUCCUACAGCUUCUUCCGCCCCGACAACGAGGAGGCCAUGAAAGUCCGCAAGCAGUGCGCUCUAGCCGCCUUGAGAGACGUCAAAAGUUACCUGACGAAGGAAGGGGGCCAAAUUGCAGUUUUCGAUGCCACCAAUACUACCAGAGAGAGGAGACACAUGAUCCUUCAUUUUGCCAAAGAGAAUGAUUUCAAGGUGUUUUUCAUUGAGUCUGUGUGUGAUGACCCUAUGGUUGUAGCCUCCAACAUCAUGGAAGUUAAAAUCUCCAGCCCGGAUUACAAAGACUGCAACUCGGCAGAAGCUAUGGACGACUUCAUGAAGAGAAUCAGUUGCUAUGAAGCCAGCUAUCAGCCCCUCGACCCCGACAAAUGUGACAGGGACCUGUCCCUGAUCAAGGUGAUCGACGUGGGCCGGCGGUUCUUGGUGAACAGAGUGCAGGACCACAUCCAGAGCCGCAUCGUGUACUACCUGAUGAACAUCCACGUGCAGCCCCGCGCCAUCUACCUGUGCCGGCACGGCGAGAGCGAGCACAACCUCCAGGGCAGGAUCGGAGGGGACUCGGGUCUGUCCAGCAGGGGCAGGAAGUUCGCGAACGCCCUGAGCAAGUUCUUGGACGAGCAGAACCUGAAGGACCUCAAGGUGUGGACCAGCCAGCUGAAAAGUACCAUCCAGACGGCAGAAGCCCUUCGUCUUCCCUACGAGCAGUGGAAGGCGCUCAACGAGAUUGACGCCGGCGUCUGCGAGGAGAUGACGUACGAGGAGAUCAAGGACACCUACCCCGAGGAGUACGCUCUGCGGGAGCAGGACAAGUACUACUACCGCUACCCCACCGGGGAGUCCUACCAGGACCUGGUCCAGCGCCUGGAGCCAGUGAUCAUGGAACUGGAGCGCCAGGAGAACGUGCUGGUCAUCUGCCAUCAGGCCGUCCUGCGUUGCCUCUUGGCUUACUUCCUGGAUAAGAGCGCAGAGGAGAUGCCUUACCUGAAAUGCCCCCUUCACACCGUCCUCAAACUGACACCCGUCGCUUAUGGCUGCCGUGUAGAAUCCAUCUACCUGAAUGUGGAGUCCGUGAGCACGCACCGGGAGAGGUCAGAGGAUGCAAAGAAGGGACCUAACCCGCUCAUGAGACGCAAUAGUGUCACCCCACUAGCCAGCCCCGAGCCCACCAAAAAGCCUCGCAUCAACAGCUUUGAGGAGCAUGUGGCUUCUGCCUCCGCUGCCCUGCCCAACUGCCUGCCCCCGGAGGUGCCCACGCAGCUGCCCGGACAACCUUUGCUAGGGAAAGCCUGUUUACGAACUGUUUGUCACAUUUUCUCAAAGUUUUCUCCUUACUAACCUUGGAAAGAACAUGAAAGGCACCCAGAGCGGCAUCGACUCCAGGACACACUGAGGCCGACCUGGCAGUUCCAUUCCAGCUCUAUUUCUGCAGCUUAGUUAGUGCUUCUCCCAUGUGCCCGAGGCCAGCGAUCCCCAGGACUUCUUCCAGAACGGGGUGGGUGGUAUCGAAGAGGGGCCUGCCCGUCAGAGAGAACCGUGGCCCCGACCGUGGCGGGGCAGCCGAGACCCAGGAGGCCUCUCUCCUGUGCGUGCGUGGGAUCCCGCGCACGGCUGCCCCCACCCCGUGCUCUCCCUGGCCUCACUGACCCUUCCUGCAGCUCGGAAAGGACCAUGAGCCGUGGAAGAAGAGCUGGGAGAAGGCCCCGAGGAGGGGACGUUGGCCUCCAUGCUGUUUUGUUUUGUUUAGUUUCUAUGAUCCUGACCUGGUAUGUUCCUAGCUUGGGGAGAUGACACUUGGCCCCAGAGCCCUAAAACUAAAGGGGGCCUAGAUCCCAGUUGCUGAAGAGUAAGGGAUGGUGAAGAUUUUGACAAGGCUCUUUUGUGCAUCAUGGCCCGGAACACUGGCUGCUGAAGGAGGAUUCAGGCCUGCACUGGGCUGGGGCCGGAGGUGGUUGGAGAAGACUCUGAGCUCCGAGACGAGGCGCCCGGGUCUGUGUUCUGCCUCUGGAGACACUCAAGAACAGUCUAGCUGUGGCGGCAAAAGGAAAUAGUUUUCCAGAAUAGCUCCGGGGCCUCCCCCUCCCAGGCUGCUGUGCUGUCUCUGCUCUCCUGCCUGGAACGGAGGCACUGGUGACACGGCUUCCCCUGGAGCUGCUUGCUUUUGCACUUUUUAACGGGCAGAAGGUGGGACCGGAGAGUUGCAUCUUCUCUUCAGGAACUUCGAUGUUUGGGGUUCGUGCCCUUGGGGGCUGGAGCUGGGAAAGCAUGUGGAGAAUGGGGCUUGCCCGUGAGAUGGGGAGUUCAGCUGGGCAGCAAGUUGUUUGGAUCCUUGCAGGACUGACCUGGGACACGGAGCAGAGAUGAUCGAGGGUCUGGCUUCCUUCCUUCAGGGUGUUCGUCGUGUCCCUGUGCUUCCCGGGUGGGGGACGGUGGCCCAGCCGAGACCUCACCUGUGGCUGCUUCCUGCAAGAGGCUGGCUGUGGUCUCCUGGCAGGGCUGAGCUCAAUCCUGCACGUUUUGGGGGGGCACCUGCUAUUUACCCAGCACAGGGCUGGGUUGCUCGGAAUUCUGAAGAAGAGAAUGUCCUCUCUGGCCUUGAUGGCUCCGGUGGCAUUUUUGGGGUGGUUCAGAGCAGGGCUUGUGGACCAUGUGGUUCUAAAUACCUGUAGUUUCUGCCUCCUGGUUUCUACUUGCUGCCUCCAUGGACUGGGGAGAGGAGGUGUCCUGAGGCCCAGAAGAAACGAUUCAGAGACUCUGUGGUACAAUUUGUCCAAAUGACCCUUUGAAUAAUCUCUAAAAGCUGGUGCCAAAGGUCACUUGCCUUGCUUGCACUCUGCUUUCGAGCCUCACAGCCUUGCCCCUCGUAGCUGACGAGACAGGUACUGGGAGUGGGGUCGGGGUGGGGGUGAGGGCUUGGACAUCCAGAGCACGAAACUGGACAGCGCGUGUUUCUCUGGUUGGGGUUCAGUGGGACGCGCUCCCGAUACCGUACAAUCAAGUUCGUGGGUUUCACACCGAAACAUUCAGAUCCGCCCCCAUUCUUCCCCAGUCGGGCACUUUGCCCGAGACGAUGUCUGUACAUCCAUGCUCCCGUGUGACUGAAGAUGGGUUAUUUUCCCUUUCCUGCCAUCAUGAGUCCCAUCAGACGGCAAGCGUGUGCGCACACGCACGUGUGCUUGUAGGUUGGCCGUAUUUUCAGACAGAGGGGCCUGCAGCUCUGCUCUUGAGAACAGCGUUCUUAAGGCCCUCUUCUGGCCUCCUUGUUGCGCCGGCUGCCAGAGCCGACUCUGAGUUUUGACCCUUCCUGCUGAUCCAGCUGGGGCUGUGUGCCGGUGUCCUCCCCGCCACCGGCUGCUGAGGUUCUACCUGUGGAAGCGAAUAUCCUGAACAUUCGUUCGUGAGGGCCCAGAGGGGGUGAGUGGACAUAAACACGGGUGGGGAGAGAGACCUCGGAGAGAGCAGAGGGCCUCCUGCCUGAAGCCAUGAUCUGACUCAAGGCGCUGGAAGGAGGGUGUGUUUGAGCUGCCGUCACGGGGCUCCUGCCACUCUUAUCGCCUCUCCCCCCCAACCCCCCAAAAAAUAUCUGGGACCAAUUUUGUUAACUUGGCAUAGUUGUUUUUGGGUGGGCUUACCCCUGUCCUUAUUCUGUCCUGAGACCACGGGCAAAGCUCGUCAUUCGCGGGGAGGAGAGAAACAAUCACACCAAUGAUGUUUUCGUUUGUAAUACUUGAAAUUUAUUUUUUUAUUAUUUUGAUAGCAGAUGUGCUAUUUAUUUAUUUAAUAUGUAUAAGGGAGCCUGAAAAUAGAAAGCUGUAUAGAUUGGGUUUAGUUGUUCGUCGGUUGGUUUGGGGGCCUUUUACGUGUGACUUACGACUUCUCUGUGUUCUGUAUAUUGUCUGAAUUAAUGACCUGGGAUGAGGCUGUGCCAGCUUUCAAACAGGGGAUGCUUUUCAGAAAUUUGUAUAUUUUGCAGUUGCUGGAACAAUAAAAUACCUGGUUGAAAUACGCU